AAAUGGGGAGGGUGUUAGUUCCGGCCAAUGAGAGUGUGAUGUGGCUCGGUGUGGUUUCGCGAUGGCCGUCUGAGUAUCUCGCGGAGGAGUUCCAGGCAAAAGCAACAGAAAUUCAGGUAGAAAUAAGUCAAAUUUAUUUUAAAAUUGUACAUAAUCCAUUCCUCAAGAGAGGAAUAUAGGCUUCGUUCUUGGUGCUUACUACAUUGUCUGAAGGUUUGAAGGAGAGGGUUUCUGUUACCCUUGGGUGAGUGAUGGGUGAGAUUGAGGGCUCGUACCGCCCCCUGCAGACCCCAGGAACACGACUUGGGGUCAGUGCCAAUGUGGCAGUCAGUACCCUAGAGCCUGGCCAAAGUCUGUAUACUGCUUUGCCCAGCUCUGCCAGGAAUGGGCUACAGAUCAGAGUGGAGGCGCUGGAUGAAACUCAGGAGGUCUAUGAGAUGGAGUCCAAGUCCAAUGGCCAGGAGUUGAUGACAAAGGUGUUUCAACGGUUCAAUCUGAUUGAAAAUGAUUACUUUGGCCUGGAAUUCCAAAACAUGCAGAUGAACUGGAUGUGGCUGGAACCAAUAAAACCCAUUGUAAAACAAGUGCGAAGGCCUAAGAACACACUCUUUAGGCUUUCAGUGAAGUUUUUCCCACCUGAUCCUGGCCAGCUUCAUGAGGAGUACACAAGGUACCUGUUUGCCCUGCAGAUGAAGAGAGAUCUGCUGGAGGGCAAGUUGACCUGCAGUGAGAACACAGCUGCCCUCCUUGCCUCCCAUCUGCUGCAGUCUGAGAUUGGAGAUUUUGACGAAGCUGCAGACAGAGAGCACCUAAAACGGAACAAACUGCUUCCAAACCAGGAGAGACUGCAGGAGAAGAUCAUGGAAUUCCACCAGAGACACCUGGGGCAGACACCAGCCGAGUCAGAUUUUCAGGUGCUAGAGAUAUCCCGCAAGCUUGAAAUGUACGGAAUCCGCUUUCAUUCUGCUGCAGACCGCGAAGGAACCAAAAUUAACCUGGCAGUUUCCCAUAUGGGUCUCCAGGUCUUCCAGGGAAACACCAAGAUAAACACGUUCAAUUGGUCCAAGAUUCGUAAGCUGAGCUUUAAGAGGAAGAGGUUUCUGAUAAAGCUGCACCCGGAGGUCCAUGGACCUCACCAGGACACUCUAGAAUUCCUCAUGGCGAGUCGUGAUCAGUGCAAGGUGUUCUGGAAGAACUGUGUUGAGUACCACACCUUCUUCCGCCUGCUGGACCAGCCCGAACCCAAGUCAAAACCCAUCCUCUUCAGCAGAGGCUCCUCCUUCAGAUACAGCGGUAGAACACAGAAGCAGCUGGUGGACUAUGUGAGAGACAGUGGAGCUCGAAGAACACCAUACCAGAGGAGACACAGCAGAGCUCGGAUCUCUACUCGCACUUUGGGUGCAGACUUGCCAAAACAGAGUCUGUCGUACAACGACGGUCUGAAGGUCCCGGGUUCCCCAUCUUCUGCCACUAUCUCCUUCCACUCCCUGCAUGCCUCCAGCACGCCACCCUGCCCUGAGCCAGAGCCUGCCCAGCCACCAACCUCCCUGCAAGAGGACCGUGGGAAGGGCACCCCCAAGCCCCUGCACUCAUUCCAAGGGAUAUCAAUGGACAACCCUCAGCUCUCUCCCUUUGCCUUGAAGAGCCAUUUGACCCUGUCUCCCUCCUUCCAGAUGUCAACACUCAGCCUGCCGGGCCAGGCGCCCUCACCCCUGCAGAGCCCCAUCCUGAGUGAGGUGGGCACUGCCAGGCUGGAUGAGGAGGAGGAGGGCAGGAAGAAGAGGUAUCCAGCAGACAAAGCCUACUUCAUUGCCAAAGAGAUUCUGACAACGGAGAGAACUUACCUGAAGGAUUUGGAGGUUAUCACAGUGUGGUUCCGCAGUGCAGUGAUAAAGGAAAACGCCAUGCCUGAAGGCCUGAUGACCUUGCUGUUCUCCAACAUUGACCCCAUUUACGAGUUUCACCGUGGAUUCUUGAAAGAGAUUGACCAGAGGCUGGCACUCUGGGAGGGACGCUCUAAUGCUCAUGUGAAGGGGGAUUAUCAGAGGAUUGGUGAUGUGAUGCUGAGGAACAUGUGCUUUCUCAAGGAGUUCACCAGCUACCUGCAGAAGCACGACGAGGUGCUGACAGAGCUGGAGAAGGCCACUAAGCGGCUGAAGAAGCUGGAGACUGUGUACAAAGAGUUUGAGCUGCAGAAGGUCUGCUACCUGCCCCUCAACACCUUCCUGCUGAAGCCCAUCCAGAGACUCAUGCACUACAAGCUCAUCCUGGAGAGACUGUGCAAGCACUACACUCCCGACCACCAGGACUACAGCGACUGCAAAGAUGCCCUGAAGGAGGUGGCAGAGAUGGCUGCCCAGCUGCAGAGCAGUCUGAUCCGGCUGGAGAAUUUCCAGAAGCUCACAGAGCUACAGAGAGACCUGAUUGGGAUCGAGAGCCUCAUCGCCUCUGGCAGGGAGUUUAUCCGGGAGGGCUGUCUUUUUAAACUGACAAAAAAGGGGCUGCAGCAGAGAAUGUUCUUCCUGUUUUCAGACAUGCUCCUGUACACGAGUAAAGGCGUCACGGCCACCAACCAGUUUAAAGUGCACGGGCAGCUCCCUCUACACGGCAUGAUUCUCAUUGUGUUGGAUGCGCCGAUUGAGGAAAAUGACAACGAGUUGUCUGUCCCUCACUGUUUUACCAUCUACUCUGCGCAAAGGACAAUCGUUGUAGCUGCAAGCUCCAAGGUGGAGAUGGGGAAGUGGAUUGAAGACCUGAACGUGGCAAUCGAGAUGGCAAAGAUGUCCCAAGAGAAGUCAGAUUUGUUUCUGGACACCAGUCGCUGCGAUCGAUCCAACAGGUCCUCGGAUGAGGUGUCUUUGGAGCAAGAGUCUGAAGAUGACACUCACUCCUCCCACAGCUCCUUGGAUAAGCAGACGCACCACCGUGCCAACACCACCAUGCACGUGUGCUGGCACCGCAACACCAGUGUGUCCAUGUCUGACCACAGCCUGGCCGUGGAGAACCAGCUCUCCGGAUACCUGCUGAGAAAGUUUAAAAACAGUAACGGCUGGCAGAAACUCUGGGUUGUCUUCACCAACUUCUGUCUCUUCUUCUACAAAACGCACCAGGAUGACUUCCCGUUGGCAAGUCUCCCGUUGCUAGGUUACACAGUCAGCACCCCGGCUGAGGCAGACAGCAUUCACAAAGAAUACGUCUUCAAACUGCAGUUCAAAUCGCACGUGUACUACUUCAGAGCUGAGAGUGAAUACACCUUUGAAAGGUGGAUGGAGGUGAUUAAGAGUGCUGCCAGCGCCACUGGGAGAAUGAGCCUUCUGAUCCCGAAGGAAUCCAAGGAAAUGAAUGGGAACUGAGCAGCUCUCCGUGCUGGGGCUGUGUGGACUGGACAGGUCCUGCAGAGUCUCUGGGCGGGGCCUUUCAGACUCUGGGGCAGGCUUCUCUUCAGGCAUUAAAAACACACUAACUGCUGUACAUUGUGGCGCACCCAGUGCAAAAUAUUGCUACUAUUUGAACCUGUCAACAGGUGUGAUUUCAGAAAUAUCUACCCACACUAGGACCUGGGACAUCUGCUCACUUUAUUGUAGCACACUUUUAUAACCCAGCCUAAUUACUGUAGCUAGCAAGUUGCCAAACCCAGACCAGGGUGGUGGAGCAAUUAGGACACCACUAGGUGUGGGUGAUGCUGCCUGCAAGACAGUGUUUAAACAAUAAAUACAAACAAAUUAAAAAAUGUAAAAGUCUGUGAAGGUAACAGUAAGUGGUGGGGGGUUAGAGAUGGAUUUUGGAAAGAAAGCGAACUCAUUGGUAAUAAAUCUAUUUUAUAUAGCUUUCCAGCCACAGCUAGAAAAUGAAAACAAAUCCUGGCUGGACUUGAGCAUUAAAAUUCUAUAAGAAGUUCACACAAAUGGAGCGAGUCAUACAAGGGAGUGUCAUGUCUGAAUUUCAGUAGGUUGUUGAAAAAUACCAUAGACUGCAGAUAAGGAGGAAUAUACUAGACUGAAGACAUAAUGUUGUCCUGUGUUCUUGCCAAUUUUGCAAAUGUGUGAUCUGUUUGAACCGGGUGCUAGAACUGAUUUCUCAGCUGGAUUGCAGCUGUACACAAGUAGGUGGGAACAGAUUCCCUUAGGGAGGAACUGGCCAUUACAGGCAAGGAGUUUGAACUGGGAAAUAUGCAAAACUGAAGAAGCACAACACCCCUGCAACAUUUUAAUUCUCUUACAUAGAUUUACCUAGAGAAAGGUUAAGCACGCCUUGGCUUUUUUUAUUGGAUUUAGUUUAAAAUAAUGUAUGUUUAGGAUGGUCAUUUUAACAUGCAAUUCUUGGUAGCACUGAUUCAGUUUAGUAUAAAGCUGCGGCUCAGCUGAUGAAUUUCACUUGGAUUUUCUUUAUUUUGUGGGGGUACAAUUUCAAAUAUAAUUAACAUUAAACAGAAUAAGUUGCAUAAAUGUUAGGGCUAGUGUGCCAUGUAAAGUUCACCAUAUGGCAUGCAUCCCCACUUCAAGGUGUGUUUUUGGCUACUAAAAAUGGUACAACUUCAAUAAGCAGUGAAGUAUCCCUGCUGUAUUUGGCUUUUUUUUUUUUUUUGGUCCAUUUUUGGAAUAU